AGUAGAUCCUUUCAUUAUACGACAAACUGCGAUGGACGAGAAAACGCAAAAACCCCAUAUUAAAAAGAAGGGAGGCAAGAAAGUCGAACGCAAACAAGAAAACAAGUUUUCGAAUGCAAAGAAAUCCAGUAAUCCCAAGGCUUUCACUUUCAAUAGUGCUGGCAAAGCCGAAAAGAAUGUGCGUCGAAAUAACGAUUUAGGUGAAAAGAAACUUCAUGUCCCCAUGGUUGAUCGUACACCCAUCGAAUCGCCUCCCGUCGUUAUUGCCGUUGUUGGUCCUCCUGGUACGGGUAAAUCAACACUCAUUCGUUCUUUAGUAAAGCGUUAUACAAAGCACAACUUGACAGACAUCAAGGGCCCUAUCACUGUCGUCAGUGGUAAAAAGAGACGUUUGACAUUUAUGGAAUGUAACAAUGAUAUGAACUCCAUGAUUGAUGUCGCCAAAGUGGCCGAUCUUGUCUUGUUGAUGAUUGAUGCCAGUUUCGGUUUUGAAAUGGAAACAUUCGAGUUCUUGAAUAUUUUGCAAUCGCACGGUUUCCCCAAAGUCAUGGGCGUGUUGACACAUUUGGACAAGUUCCGUAACAACAAAACCUUAAAGACAACCAAGAAAAGAUUGAAGAACCGUUUCUGGACCGAAAUUUAUCAGGGUGCCAAACUCUUUUAUUUAUCAGGUAUCAUUAAUGGUAAGUAUCCCAACAUGGAGAUCCAGAAUUUAGCUCGUUUCAUUUCCGUCAUGAAAUUCAGACCUCUUCUCUGGAGAAACACGCAUCCUUACGUGGUUGCAGAUCGUAUUGAAGACUUGACCGACCCCGAACUCGUGCAUCGCCAACCCAAUUGUGAUCGUACCGUGACCUUGUACGGUUAUUUACGUGGAACCAAUCUCAAGCCCAAUAUGCGUGUUCAUAUUCCCGGUGCCGGUGAUCAUUAUCUCGCUGACGUCUCCGUCUUGCCCGAUCCUUGUCCUUUACCCGAUAAAGUCAGAAAGAAGCUCGACGAAAAGAACAAGCUCAUUUACGCUCCCAUGUCUGAUGUUGGUGGUGUCAUGUAUGAUAAGGAUGCCGUCUAUAUUAACGUACCCGGUCAUUUCACCAAGAAAUCCGCUUAUGCUCCUGCUGAUCUUCAAGGCGAAGAUGGUGAGCCCAUGCAAGUCGAUAAUGACAAUGAACCUGAGGAAAUCAUUCCUCAUGGUACCGGUGAGAAAUUGGUUAUGAACUUGCAGGAUGCUACAGAUACCUUGGCUUCUCAAUUAGCUGAUUCCGAACUUCGUAUCUUUUCUAAUUCCACGCCUGUCAAGGCUUCAGAUAUCACUGAGGCCUUGGAAGAUGAUGAAUCCGGUAGAACACGUAGACGUGCUGUCUUUGGUACUGAACAAGAAGAGGAUGAUGAUGAGGAUGAUGAGGAUGAUGAGGAAGAGGAUGAUCUCAUGGACGAAGGAGAAGAUGACGAUGAUGAUGAGGAAGAAGAUGCUCCUCGUCGUGGUAACGCUUUGAGUAAAUUCGACACUAGAAAUAUUCCCAAGAAGGGUGAGAAGGAGGAUGCUGCAGAUGCCGAUGAACCCGAAUUUGAAUUUGCAGAUAGUGACAGUGAUUUGGGAGAAGAGGACGAGGAAGAGGAUAUGGUCCUUGUCGAUGGUCGACAAAAGAAGACAGACGCAGACCUUGCGGGUGAACUUCGUUGGAAAGCUAAUCUCAAGGAAAAGGCCAGUGAAAUGUUUGCCUCUCAAAAGCGUACCAAUUUGAUGUCACUUAUUUAUAACCAAACUGAUCUUUCACCUGAAGAUAUCGUUGCCGGUAACUACGGUGAUGACGAGGAAGAUGAGGAAGAGGCCGAGGAUGAAGAAGAAGAAUUUUUCAAGUUAAAUCGCGAGACUGUCAAGGACACCAACAUUGUGGAUAGUAGUCGUGAUCCUAUUGAUUUUGAGGAAUUAGAGGAAUGGAAUGAAGAGGAAACCUUGGACUCCAUUAGAAACCGUUUUAUUACGGGUGAUGCUGAUGCAGCCAACGGCGAAAGUGCUUUUGCCGCUGAAGAAGAGGAAGAGGAAGAAGGAGAAUUUGAAGAUCUCGAAGCUGAAGAAGAGGGUGAUGAAGCUGAAGGAACCGAAAAGAAAUCCUCUAGUAAGCGUGAUAAAGACGCCAUGAUUCGUGAUCCUCAAAUGGUUGAACGCGAAAAGAUGGCUAAGCGUAAAGAAGAAAUCCGUAAAAAGUACUUUGAAGAAUUUGGUGAUGAUGAAGAUACACCCAAGAUGGACUUUUAUGAGCAAAAGAAAUCCGAGAUUGAACAACAACUUCAGACCAAUCGUGAAGAGUUUGAGAAUGAUGAUCCUCAUACAAGAGCUUUGGUCGAAGGUUAUCGCCCCGGUAGCUAUGUGCGUCUCCUCAUUAAGGAUAUGCCUUGUGAAUUUGUCGAGAAUUUCGACCCUACUUAUCCUGUACUUGUGGGUGGUCUCUUGGCCACUGAAGAUCAAUUUGGGUGGGUUCAAGUUAGAAUCAAGCGUCAUCGUUGGCAUCCUAGAAUCUUAAAGACCAAUGAUCCCCUCAUCUUUUCCAUGGGUUGGAGACGUUUCCAGAGUAUUCCCAUUUAUUCCCUCAAUGACGGUACACGUAACCGUAUGCUCAAAUAUUCACCAGAGCAUAUGCAUUGUCUCGCUACCUUUUACGGUCCUGUUCAUACUCCCAACACUGGUUUCUGUGCCGUUCAAAAUGUGGCUGACAGCAGAGCUACAUCUUUCCGUAUUAGUGCUACGGGUGUGGUUGUGGAUAUCAGUCAAUCUUCUGAUAUUGUCAAGAAGUUGAAAUUGACAGGUCACCCUACCAAGGUAUACAAGAACACAGCCUUCAUCAAGGACAUGUUUACAUCGUCACUGGAAGUAGCCAAGUUCGAGGGAGCCAAUAUCCGUACUGUGUCUGGUAUUCGUGGUCAAGUGAAGAAGGCCUUACCCAAGCCCGAAGGAAACUUCCGUGCCACUUUUGAAGAUAAGAUUUUGAUGAGUGAUAUUGUGUUUUUGAGAGCAUGGUAUCCUAUUAAGCCUCGUAAAUUCUAUAACCCCGUCACAUCAUUGCUGUUGUCAUCCAAGCAGAAAUGGCAAGGUAUGAGACUUACUGGUCAAGUCAGAAAGGAUUUGAGCUUACAUGCACCCCAAAAGGUGGAUUCUAUCUACAAGCCUAUUGAAAGAAAGGAACGUCGUUUCAAUACUUUAAAGGUCCCCAAGUCAAUUCAAUCGGAAUUACCCUUUGCGAAUAAGCCCAAGAAUGCAACCAAGAGUAAAAAGCAAUCGUACUUGAACAAACGAGCGGUUGUUCUUGAGCCUGAGGAAAAGAAGAUUGUGACACUUAUGCAACAAUUGAACACACUCCGCAACGAAAAGAGUCGCAAGAGAAAGAUCAAGAGCACGGAGAAACGUGAGGUGCUUGCUAAGAAGAAGGCCAAGAUUGCCGAAACAACCGAAAUCAAGGAGAAAGAACGUAGAAAGACUUAUUUCAGAAAGGAACAAGAAAAAACCACUAGAGAAGCUAAAUCUUCACGAUAAAAUUUUCGUAAAUUUAUCAUAUAAUAAAAAAUUGUAUUUAAAAAAAACAAUAAAA